AUGGAAGUGCAAAUCAUUUCCAAACAAAAUUUAAAACCAUCUUCUCCAACACGUCCACACCUAAGAAAUUUCAAGCUGUCCCUUUUGGACCAGCUUGUUCCUACUCCAUAUGCACCGAUUAUCUUGUUCUAUCCCAUGGAUGGCAAUACUACAACUAGCAAUUUUUGUGUCCCCAAGAGGCUAGAAUUGCUAAAACAAUCUCUAGCAGAGACCUUAACUCACUUCUAUCCACUUGCUGGAAAGAUCAAAGACGAGCUUUCUAUUGAUUGCAAUGAUGAAGGAGCCUAUUAUGUAGAAACAGAAGUAAACUGUCAUCUCAGCGAAUUCCUUAGGCAGCCUGACCUCCUGUUAGUGCAUCAAUUCUUUCCCUGUGAACUCCUUCCGAAGGAAUCAACAGCAGUCACACAUGUUGCUAAUUUUCAAGUAAAUGUCUUUAAAUGUGGGGGUAUUGCUGUUGGCAUAUGCAUAUCUCACCUCAUCGUAGAUGGUGCUGCCCUGAGCACCUUUCUCAAGGCAUGGUCUUCCACCGCCAAAGGCUGCAAGGAAGCAAUUAUAUAUCCUGAGUUCGUUGGCAGCUCUCUCUUCCCUGCAAAUGAUCUGUGGCUUAGAGACUCAGCAAUUGUCAUGUUUGUUUCCUUGUUCAAAAAGGGCAAGUGCAUGACCAAGAGAAUUGUGUUUGAUGCCUCAGCAAUUUCCAACCUCAAGGCCCAAGCAGCCAGCUUAGGAGUGAAAUGCCCCACUCGCGUCGAGGUGGUCUCAUCUUUCCUAUGGAAGUGCGUUAUGGCUGCAUCAGAAGAGUGGCGAGGAUCCCAAAGGCCUUCUUUACUAACCCACUUGGUGAAUCUGCGAAGAAAAAUGGUAACAAAGUCGGCAGAGAAUUCCAUGGGAAAUUUCCUGUGGUUAGCAGCUGCAAAAUACAUGAACAAGUCCAAAGCUGAAUUGAAUGACUUGGUCGGUGAGGUGAGGAAAGGAAUAUCAAAAGUAGAUGCUGACUUUGUUGAGAAGAUGAAAGGCGAUAAAGGCAAUGCUCUGAUGUCCGAGUCACUUAAAGAAAUAGGUGAACUCGGCUCCAAGGAUGGAGUAGAUUACCUUGGUUUUUCCAGUUGGUGUAAACUUGGUUUCUAUGAUGCUGAUUUUGGGUGGGGCAAGCCUGUUUGGGUAAGCAGUUACGCUUUGUCAGGUUCACUUUUCAUGAACCUCGUCAUUUUGGUUGACACAAGGUGUGAUGGCAUAGAAGCUUGGGUGACCUUGGAUGAAAAGGACAUGACUAUGUUAGAAGGCAAUCCAGAGCUCCUCAAAUUUGCAACUUUGAACCCAAGUCCUUUGGACAUCAACAAAUCAGUACCCUGUACAUGA